CUUUCAUCGGGCAGAAGUCCAAUCUGAUCUAGGCUAUGAUGGCCCCGACCUUGUGCUUUCUGCGUGGAGAAGGUGGCGAUGGGGUGCGCUCGGCAGAGUGGCGCGCUGGCGCCGCCUGGCGGCAAAAACAAAGAAUGCAUGAUGCAGAUCAUCUCGGCUAGUUAAUAGCUUCGAUCAACGACAUCGCUUGCAUCGUAUUACUUCGUUCGAGACAAGAAGGCGAUAUUCUGCUUGUGAAGCAUCGAGCACUCAGAAAUCUUGAAGACGACCAACGACAUCUAUACUUGGACUCUUGCAGCUGUGCGACUUCAUCUUCUCCAGUACAAUAUCGACCGAGGCCUGGAAAUAUGGCAGCCGUAUUAAUCGUCAUGGGAGGCGCAAUGAUCGCGGAACGUGUCGAGAAGAGUAAAGAGAAGAAGAGAUUGAAGAAGGAGCAUGAUGAUACGAGGUAUCGGGAACUUGUUGAGGAGACUGGAAGGCGGCUCAGUCAGACCGACAGCAAUCAGAUUAUUCGCCACUCUUCUGUGGCGAGCGAUGAUCUUGUGGAAGAUGAUGGGGCGACACCACCGCCGUAUGAGGAAGUUGUUCGGACGGAGAGUACGCCUUCGACGAGGAGAGGAGAGCAACUGGAGACUCAUCAGUCGAGGCAUAAUGAUGAGCCACGCAAGAAGAAGGGAUUCAAAGGUCUUUUCGGGAGGAAGUAGAAUGUCCAGGCACCGAACUCUGCGGUGCUUGAAGGCUUCUGCGGCUUCAUUCUUGAGCUGAGGUGUUCUUCAUUCAACAGGCACCGAAUUCUACCUACAGUGCUCGACACCUUCCUGCAUGUGGCUUGUCUUCUCGCAUCGAGGCGUUCCUCGCUUCGAGGAUAUGGAAACGAAGCUAUUGCAAUACGUCCAGGCCAAUGGAACAGAACUGGACUUUAAUUUCUGAUGACGACGAAAAUUUGGGCAAGAUGUCAACAACAAUAAUUCGAUUGUGUUUAACGAAGGAUGAAGAUACGUACAUGAUAAGUAAUCAACAACUGCAGCAAUGACACAACUUUCUCUACAAAAUCUGUUUCACCGCCAUGAAGGUUAAGAUUCGAAGCGAUCGUGAAGAAGAUGUGAUCGACAGCUGUGAGGUACUUCAUUGUCGACAAGGUGUCUUCUCGAGCUGCGACGACAAGGUCCCUUUGAGUUUGACAAGGCAGCUCUGUUUCUUUUGCUCGGCAACAAUCACCACUCUCAGCGCAUCAACGCCUCAAAAGCAUCGAUGGCCGAGGUUUGGUAUUUUGAAGCGUUUUC